AUGGACGUCGUGCCCAACCAGACCAUCUACGUCAACAACCUGUACGAGAAGCUGGGUGUGGAGCAGAUGAAGAAGUGCCUGCACGCCCUCUUCUCCCAGUUCGGCCGCAUCCUGGAGAUCGUCGCCUCCCGCACUUACCGGCUGCGCGGCCAGGCCUGGGUGGUCUUCUCGGACGUCUCCUCCGCCACCAACGCCCUGCGCACCAUGCAGGGAUUCCCGUUCUUCGACAAGGCGAUCAGGAUCCAGUACGCCAGGACCAAAUCCGACGCCGUGGCCAAGCUGGACGGAACGUACGCGAGGGACAAGAAGGAUGCGGCGAUGAAGAAGGCGGCAGCACGGGAUGAGGCGGCCAAGAGGGGCGGGGAGCGGGCGGGCCAGGCGGCGCCGGCGGCGGCACAGGCCGCCCGGGCAAAGGCGCCGGCGGGCGCGGAGGGCAUGGCGCCGCCCAACAAGAUCCUGUUCAUACAAAACCUGCCGGAGGCCACCAACGAGCGGAUGCUGUCCAUGUUGUUCCAGCAGUUCCCGGGCUUCAAGGAGGUGCGCAUGGCGGAGGCGCGGCCUGGAAUCGCGUUCGUGGAGUUCGAGAACGAGGGGCAGGCGGGCGUGGCGCUGGAGGGCCUGCAGGGGUUCAAGAUCCUGCCCAACCACGCGAUGAACGUGAGCUACGCCAAGCAGUGA